UGUCGUCGCUGCCGUUGGUGUCCUUCCAGCAUCGGAUCCUUUUUUUUUUUCCCCCGUUGUAUUAAAAAUAGACCGCUACUGGUCGCAGACUAGUGUUUCGGCUGCAUCACUUCCCGUGGGGAAUCGUUUGUGCGCCACUUUCAUUUUAAUCACCGAAUCCGUGACCGCGAGAGCGCAAAUGCGCAUCGGUCUGCGCAUCUUUGAGUCUUCAGAACUACACUGUGGACAGUCUCCCUGACACCCAAAGACCUGUCCUCCGCGCACCACCAACUAGGCUUCUUCACCGCCUAUGGCUGCUGCACAUCGGCAUCCCUGAGCCGCUGGCCUCGUCCCGGACUCUUCAACACCACUGUCCUCUGAAGGUCUUUGGAUCAUUAGGGCCACGGUUUUUAAUUUUUUUUAUUUUUUACAAACAUUUUCUUUUUUAUAUAUAUAUAUAUAUAUAUACAUCGUCCUUUAACAUCCCGGUGCUAUGCUGGGCCCGUCUCUCUAGAUCCUGUGAUCAAUACACGAGCUCUCCUCCUCCCACAUUCGCCCGACCGAGACCCUUCUCCCUCUCGUCAUGCAUCCUUACGCGGUGAUGCUAGCGGUGCUCCUUCUGGGGAACUUGAUGGUGCCUUUCGUCUCGGCUCAGAACGCUGGGUUUGUGAAGUCGCCCAUGUCUGAGACUAAGCUUACGGGGGACACCUUUGAGCUGUACUGCGACGUGGUCGGUAACCCCACUCCAGAGAUCCAGUGGUGGUAUGCGGAGAUCAACCGAGCCGACUCCUUCAAGCAGCUGUGGGAUGGAGCCCGCAGGCGCCGGGUAUCCAUCAACACAGCCUAUGGCACCAAUGGGGUCAGUGUGCUCGGCAUCACGCGCCUCACACUGGAGGACUCUGGGACCUAUGAAUGCCGGGCCAGCAACGACCCCAGGCGCAAUGACCUGCGACAAAACCCCGCCAUCACCUGGAUCCGCGCCCAGGCCACCAUUUCGGUGCUACAGAAACCAAAGAUCAAUGCCUCCGAUGAGAUCAUCCUGUCCGCAGACUCCCCAAGCAAACCAGUUACCCUGCUCUGUAACCUCACCACUGCCCACACUCCUCACAAGGAAAGCUUCUGGAUGAAGAAAGGCCAGGAGAUCCCCAAUACACGAACAGAGCAUGGGAACAUAGCAUACAGAAUCAAUAAACCACGGGCAGAUGAUUCAGGGGAAUACAUGUGUGUUUACACAUUUGUCACGGCGCCAAAUGCAAACGCCACAAUCGAAGUAAAAGCAAAACCCGACAUCACCGGCCACAAGAGGAGUGAAAAUAAAAACGAGGGGGAAAAUGCCACGAUGUACUGCAAGUCUGUUGGUUACCCACAUCCCACCUGGACGUGGACAUGGCGUAAAGUGGAUGGCACUUCCUUCACGGAACUCGACAACUCCACCGGACGCUUCUUCAUCACUAGCAGAGAAAACUACACAGAGCUCAACAUACUCGACCUGGAUAUAAACAAGGAUCCCGGCGUAUAUGAAUGCAAUGCCACCAAUAUGAUUGGAAACACUGCCGAGACCACCAUACUACGCGUACGCAGCCAUCUCGCACCACUUUGGCCUUUCCUGGGUGUGCUCGCGGAGAUCAUCAUCCUUGUGGUCAUCAUCGUCGUGUACGAGAAACGCAAGAGGCCAGAUGACAUCAUCGACGUUGGACCAAUGAAAACAAAUUCGACAAACAACCACAAGGACAAAAACAUUCGCCAGAGGAAUACAAAAUAAGCAAUUUACUCAAGUGAGAUGGCUAAAAACUGCGCUAUUUUUGACAACGUGACGGUAUCAGCAAUGGAUAGAUCUCCAGGCAGUUUUGAAAAAAAGCAUAUCUUGUCUCAUGUUGAAUGAGAAACAAUAUCAGCACAACACUGGCAACAAUAAGAACAUAACGGCUGUCUUAAGCAUGCCUUAUUCAGUCUUACAUGGAGAUUUCAGGAUGACGAAUAAUGACUAAAACCACCACAAAGGUGUACACAUUUUUAAUGUGCUGUUGAUGUCUCUCUUUAUUAAUUUCAUCAUGUCCUCAAAUGAGGUGAUCCCUUUUGUAUUACAUAUCAUGUACAAUGCAUGCAAGAUAAUUACGCAAUAGGAUAUUCAGAAUAGAGAUUUUCUGUUGUUGUCCCCCCCUUGUGGCUUUUAUUGCAUCCAGAAUGACCUAUGUUUUUUAAUGGAGUCAUCCUUAUUACACAUGUAUAUCAUAUGCAUAUAUAUGUGAUAAAUAUAUAGUUUUAUUCUUGAAGAUUUGUACAGCAUAUCAUGGUCAUUUAACGAUGUUUGAUUUUGUGACAAUACGUCCACUUUGAAAAUAAUUUUUAUUGUGAAGCUGGGGCUUCCUUGACUGGCAGUAUUUCAAUUUAAUUGCGAGUGAUUACAGAAAAUGUGUGUUUAACUAUCUUAACUAAAAGGAAAAUGUGUAUUAUUUUUAUUUUCUUUCCAGAGUAACUUAGGUGUCUUGUAUACGUUGAAGUAUGAGUGUUCAAAUAAUAGGAAAUCUGUAAAAAAAAAUAAUAUUUUUUUUAUAUUCCCCAAUUUCAUGAACUGAUUUUUAUUAGAUUUUUUUUUUCUCUUUAACUGUAUAGCAUGGCUAUAAUCCUAUGCAAUAUGUAUUCUUAAAUAGAUAUAUGGAGGGCGGUUUGUUUUACUCAGUGAAGCUUUAAUGUUGUGGGAUCACUUGGAAGCUGGCAUAGCAAAAUUCACUGCUGUAGCUGCAUGACUCCUGUUUGAAUCAAAUGUAUCCGUGUGUGGUGGUGGAAAUGGACCUGCGGUAAGGUGGGGUCAGAGGGACCAGAGUAUAUAGCCACGAACAUGAGUGAGACCAAUAUUUUUUUCUGAAUAAAAAGCUCAAAAAUGAA